AUGACAAAACGUGCUCUGACAGCGAGCAGGAGCUGGAGCAUCAUGACGACCACUGCACCGCCUCCAACAGUCCAGGUCCUGAACCCGUGUCCCCCUACAGCUCCAGGUGUGAGGACCGCGUGCGGGACAGGCCCAGUGCAGAAAAGAAGGACGACUCCGUAUUCAAUAUAAGGAACCUUGAGAAGGACAAAGCAGAGAGCAGGCACAGGAAGGACACCACAGAUGCACUGACAAAGGACUCAGAGUCAGGAGGCAUUGGUGCCAGUAAGGACACGUUCUCUCCUCUCAUGGUCCAGACUGAGAGCCCCUCGCACUUCAGCCCAGGCCACUUACAAAGCCUGGCUCUGUCUGGCCUGCACAGUCAGCAGUUCUUUAACCCUCUGAACACCGGAUCACCGCUGUUGUUUCACCCCGGGCAGUUUGCCAUGGCCCCUGGAGCCUUUUCUGCUAUGGGAAUGGGGCAUCUUUUGGCCUCUGUAUCGGGAGUAAGUGGUUUGGAAAAUGGCAGCCUCUCCGCCCAGGGCACGGGAGGAACCCCCAACCCCUUCCCCUUCCAUCUGUCCCAGCACAUGCUCGCCUCACAGGGCAUCCCGAUGCCUCCGUUCGGGGGUCUUUUCCCGUACCCUUACACCUACAUGGCAGCUGCUGCAGCAGCAGCGUCCGCCUCUGCCCUCCCCACCACCAGCACCUCCAGCCCACUCUCCCGGAAUCCCUUCCUGGGCUCGUCCCGGCCCAGGCUCCGCUUCAACCCUUACCAGCUACCGGUGUCGCUGCCUCAGAGCUCCAGUCUGCUCACCACCGGCCUGCCCAGCGGCCUCAACCCAGGCUCUGAAUCCUCCAAACCGGGCAGCAGAGAGGCCAGCCCAGCCCCGGAGCACCACAGCAACCACAAGACAGGAGGGUCAAGUGGAAGGGACGCAUCCUCCAAAACCUCCAUGAAGGACUCAGUGAAUGAACUGCAAAGUAUCCAGAGACUGGUGAGCGGCCUGGAGGGCCAGAGGGAGCCCUCCCCGACUGCUGACUCCCCCAAGUGAUGAAGAGUCUCUGUUUAGGACAAUGUCUUGGCUUGAAUACCAGAGGACUAUACGUGCAUAUGUCCUGUACAGCACAUUACAGAGAGUGGGAUGAGGGUUUGACCAAUAAGGGUCAGUGACGGCUGAUUACUGAUGUUUUUUUUGGAACAGAGCUGCAGAUUGAAUGAAACAGUCCAUAUAAUUGAAUUUUUACCUUUUUUGAAUUCACAAGUAUUGAAGGUUUCCUCUUGAGCUGACCUGUUAAAAGAGCGGAGAGCAUGUCAGAGAAUAUUUGGACUAUCAUCAGACUCUUCCUUGAAUCCCAGUGUUUAGAGUUAGCGGGCUGACCACCCAGGGAACUUCUGGAGUUCUGUCUCUGUGGAUGGAAUAAAACAUAAAUCGACACUAAUUUAUAAAUAAGCCUCGUUAAUCAAAAGUGCAAAUUAUCACUAAAGAGAGUAUAACACUAAAUGAUCAUGACGAUAUUAUUGAAUAAAAGUCGCAGGAAGUGUCACAGAGAGAGACACUUAUCAUUUCCACUACAGCAGAUAAUGCAGUGACAGGUUCACCGUGUCCUUUAAAUCAGAGUCAGUAUCGGCCCCGCAUAUCGGUGUCACCUGCCGCAGAGCCCCGCAAGCUCCGGCUGAGCCGCGCACCGCAGAGAGUGCGUGUUGACCGCGGGUUGACGUGAAGCCUCUGAGCAGGAGCCAUGGUCGAGUCUCAGCUUCGUCCAAAAAACUGUGUUUGUUUCCAGGCCCGAUGAUUUCAACGGGAUGGAAAGUGAAACGACCCGUUUCUCAUUUCAUGCCAGAAAAAAA